AUGCAUUCAUAAAUAGACCCUCAUUUAUACUAAAAUACAAUCAAAUAGCUGAAUAUAGAGAAUAAUGAAUUGAAAUAACAAUUAUAAAAUAUAAAGUAUUGUUUAAAUUAUAUUUCUUCUUAGAUUAGAACUUGAAAAAUAAGUUCAACUAUCAAAAGAAGCAUUGGAAUGGAAAGAGAAAUAUGAUAGAUUACAUAAAUAAAACCAUUCAUUAGAUCAUGAAAGAAAAUAAUUAUUAGAUGAAAUAAAGAAAUUAAAAGAUGAGAUUAAGAAUUUGGAGUAGAUUAUUUUAAAUAUUUAAUAGAAAUUCUGUGUAAUAGUUACAAGAGAAAACAAAAGAUUUAAAUGAUUAUGAUUAGAUAAAGGCUAAUUCUAUAAGUGUAUAAUAAUAUAACUUAGAAUUAAUAAGAGAAUUAGAAACAUUUAAUUAGAAAGCAUUAUUUUUAAUAAAAGUAUUAUGUUAGAUAAAUUAAUAGCCAAAAACAACAAUUGAUAAUGCUAAGUAAUAUUAUUCACUGACUCUAUAAUGGGAUAGAAAUAUAUAAAAUUUGCAAUUGACAUAUAAAUUAGAAAAAGAUGGUUUGAUACUUGAAGGUUAUGGAGAGACAGGUGAUAAAAAGAUAGUUUAUCAGCAGAUUUAUGAUUUAGGGAAAAAAACACUAAAAGAAAAAGAGAGACCUAUGAUUUCAUUGAAACAAUCUUAAAUGACUUUGACUUUUGAAGUUUGAG